UAAAAGUAUCCAUGGAGAACAAUGAAAAUUCAGUGGAUUCAAAAUCCAUUAAAUCUUCAGAGACAAAGAUCUUACAUGGAAGCAAAUCAAUGGACUCUGGAAUAUCCUUGGACUAUAGUUACAAAAUGGAUUAUCCUGAAAUGGGUUUAUGUAUAAUAAUUAAUAAUAAGAACUUUCAUGAAAGUACUGGGAUGGCGUGUCGGUCUGGUACAGACGUAGAUGCAGCAAACCUCUGGGAAACCUUCACGAACUUGAAAUAUGAAGUUAGGAAUAAAAAUGAUCUUACAUGUGAAGAAAUUUUGGAAUUAAUGUACAGUGUUUCUAAAGAAGAUCAUAGCAAAAGGAGCAGUUUUAUUUGCGUGCUUCUAAGCCAUGGCGAGGAAGGAAAAAUUUUUGGAACAAAUGGACCUGUCGAUCUGAAAAAAUUAACAGGCUUCUUCAGAGGGGAUUGUUGUAUAAGUCUAACUGGAAAACCUAAACUCUUCGUUAUUCAGGCUUGCCGAGGCACAGAACUGGACUGUGGUAUUGAGACAGACAGUGGAGUUGAGGAUGACAUGGCCUGUCAGAAAAUACCGGUUGAGGCGGACUUCUUGUAUGCAUAUUCUACAGCACCUGGUUACUAUUCCUGGCGAAAUUCAAAGGACGGAUCCUGGUUCAUCCAGUCACUUUGUGCAAUGCUGAAACAGUAUGCUCACAAGCUUGAGCUUAUGCACAUUCUCACUCGGGUUAACCGAAAGGUAGCAAUAGAAUUCGAGUCCUUUUCCAAUGAUUCUACUUUUCAUGCAAAGAAACAGAUUCCUUGUAUUGUGUCUAUGCUCACAAAAGAACUGUAUUUUUAAUCACUGAUGAAAUGGAUGAUUUUUUUUUUUAAUCUGUAUGCCAAGUGAGGAAACGGUGUGACUGAUAAACUAUAUUUUCCUCUCUCAUUUAAAUCUAAUCUAAUCCCCCAG